UCAUUGGUCAGUGUUGGGUAGAAACUCAAUAGUACCAAAAUAAGAAAUUUUCGACAAGAAAAACCCUGAGGAAAUGAAAAUUAUUAUCAAAUAUACAUUUCGUUAGCUGAUACCCAAAAGCUAGCAAUGUGAACGAAUCAUUGUUAGUGCUGGUUUGUCAGUUAAGUCAAUGACACCUAUAAAUGUUGUCUAAUCUAGCGCCCCAUCGAUUUUUUCUGUUCCAAGUGAUUGCGAGUCUGCAUGCGUAUUUUCUCUCUCACGGUUAAAAAUUCCUCAAGACAUAUCUAGGUUUCCAAUAGCAUUCGAUAGAAGGGUUUGAACAUCCACACGAACAUGACAAACAUCGAUCACGUUGCCCUGACUUUGUCCCCAACGUCCAUCACAAGCAUAACAGGCGGAGUUGGCGGCGAUGAAAGUAAUCUUUCCCGCAAGAGUUUGCGACGGUCAUGGAAUCAGUUACCCCGAUGUCAACGUAAUCUCAUUAUAAUGGCCCUCACAGCAUUUAUCUUCACCGCUUUGCUGUUUUUGCCUGGCGACCAGCUAAUUAACCUAAAGGAUAUUCGUUUAAAGCCCGCAGCGGCACCAUUUCAUAUACGACGCGAGAGCACGCUACAGAAUCCCCAUCACCACCCAAGCAUUGAGAAGGAGAACGAACUACCCGGCGAUAUUUCGGCAGCUGUCGCAUCCCCUAUGACGGAUGAAAGCCGCCUAAUAAAAACGAAGCCGGCAGAAGAUAAGUUGGACGGCGGUGUGGCAUAUGCCGACGCCAAUUUUGCGGAAAAUGUUGCCAAACUUCCGGAAACUGUGGCCGUUGGCAAUGUCAAUGGGAUAAUCGACAUACUCAACAAUGUGGAGCAGCCCAUUGAACAAAAUUUGGAAAAUACCAUCAGCGACACCUCGAAUUUACGUUCCGAACUGGAAGAGGCUAUUCGACAGCCCUUUAAAUUAUCCCAAGUUAGCAUUGAAUCGCAUCUGGAGAGUAUGGACACACAGCUAGCGAAGGCUCAGCAUUUCCAUGGUGCCACCAAUGAGCGCCAGUCUGCAGUUGUGGCAGCCUUCAAGCACUCCUGGGCAGGUUAUAAGAAGUACGCCUGGGGCCAUGACAAUCUAAAGCCAGUAUCCCAAACCGCACACGAAUGGUUUGGUCUAGGACUGUCAAUCGUCGAUUCUCUGGACACUAUGUACAUCAUGGGAUUAGAAGACGAGUUCAAUGAGGCGCGCGAUUGGGUAAAAAAUUCUUUACAUUUCCAUACAAAUCGCGAUGUGAACCUUUUCGAGGUAACCAUACGGGUUCUAGGCGGACUUCUGUCUGCUUAUCAUUUGAGCGGCGAUAAAAUGUUUUUGGUCAAAGCGACUGAGCUGGGUAAUCGCUUACUGCCCAGUUUCCUUUCGCCAUCGGGCAUACCCUAUUCGGAUGUUAAUCUUGGCGAAAGAUCUGCCCAUUCGCCAAAAUGGUCUCCGGAUAGCUCAACCAGCGAAGUGACGACCAUACAGCUGGAGUUCCGUGAUCUGAGCCGCUCCACUAAUGUUCCUAUUUAUGAACGUGUGGUAAAUGUAGUAAAUGAAAAAAUACACGCACUAGAUAAAAGUCAUGGUCUUGUGCCAAUAUUUAUCAAUGCUAACACGGGCACCUUCAGGAAUUAUGCUACAAUCUCAUUGGGUGCACGUGGCGAUUCGUAUUAUGAGUACUUACUUAAGCAAUGGCUGCAAACGGGUCGCAAGGAUAACGACAACCUUAUUUUGGACUAUAUGCAGGCAAUCGAUGGCGUCCUCACGCAAUUGAUGCGACGCACGCCACGCGAACAUUGGGUGUAUAUUGGAGAGCUGAUAAAUGGUCAUGAUUUUAAACCAAAAAUGGAUCAUUUGACAUGCUAUUUGCCUGGAACACUAUUGCUUGGUCAUCAGAAUGGCAUGCCCGACUCGCAUCUACUGCUCGCCAAAGAUUUGCUAGACACCUGCUAUCAAACGUAUCUCAGGCAGCCAACUCAAUUGGCAGCUGAGAUAUCAUACUUUGCGCUGAACGACAAGGAAGAAAAUGAUAUAUAUGUGAAGUCGAAUGAUGCUCACAAUUUGCUAAGACCCGAGUUCAUUGAAAGCUUGUAUUACUUCUAUGCACUAACCGGCAACCGCAGCUAUCAGGAUAUGGGCUGGAACAUUUUCCAGGCCUUUGAAAAACAUUCAAAAGUAGCUGCCGGGUACACAUCGCUGGGCAAUGUGAAAAAUACUCUGAACACACGAAUGCGCGAUCUCAUGGAAAGCUUCUGGUUAAGCGAGACUUUAAAAUACUUUUAUUUGCUAUUUAGUGACAAUCGCAAGGAGAUAGACCUUGAUAAGUGGGUCUUCAACUCGGAGGGUCACCCGCUGCCGGUGUAUCACCAGUAAUUGUACAUAAGCAACCAAAUUGCUUCAUCGUUACCAACUAAGAUAGUUUGUAGGGUUUGAUAAACAGCGGAAAAUAUAAGAAUUUGGCAGUACUCUUUUAGUCGUAGUGUAGCGCAAAUGCCAAAUAUUAUGCCAAGCUUAGGAUGCAAAAGUAAAUUAAAGCACUUGGCCAAAAAAAAAAAAAACAAAAAAAUUAAGAUAUUCAAGAUAACAUAAAGAAAAAA